AUGGCUCGAACCAAACAGUCAGCACGCAAAAAUGCCUUUCCUUGUACACCACCCUCUUCAUCUUCUUCAUUCCAAUCCAUAGAGCGUUCACCCUCUCCACCACCUCGCCCAACACCACCACACACCUCUUCUGCAUCUCCCUCUUCUAACACUAGUCAAGAAGUUCUCAACCUUAUUCCUCUGUCUACUUUUCUUCCACCACUAUACACUCGCCCUACACCAAACUUCGCUCAAGUGCCUCCUCAUCUACAAACUAGAAUCACUCCUCCACGACAUGGCAAUGCUGUUCAACACCAUACUGAUGUUCUUGGUUGGACAUCAUUCUUAAAGAUCUCUGAAUUUUAUUUCCCAGAUGUUGUCCGCACAUUCUACUGCAAUGCCAAAACAUUUGCUGACAAAUCUCUAUUUAUCUCAACAAUUAAGGGAGUGGAAAUCAAAUUGACUCCAGAUAUUUUGGCCACCAUUCUUCAGCUACCAACAGAAGGGCCAUCUGUUUUUGGUGACCAAUGGUAUUCGGCUUUAGGAAGACGCCCUCCCACAAAUCCUAUUUCAUUCUCAUCGCCUCCUCUUGAUCCUACGGAACCCUUUGAAAAAAUCCCAACACCAGAACAUUCUCCACCACCACCAGAACGUUCUCCACCUCCUCCAGAACGUUCUCUAGAACAUAUCCCAACACCUUCCACCCUAUUUGCUCAAACAUCCGGCAUCUCAUCCUCAGCCAUUCCCUCUUACUCUCAAGAAAGUACAAACUGA